AGCCAGCCCAUCCGACACUCUGAAUACGAGGUCUAUAAACAUGGAAGUCAGGUGUGCUGGGUCUUGGCAACCAUCACUGACAUGUAUACCCCGCAUAUAGAGCUCGCUAUCUUUUUCAUCGGCACUGUUAUUCCUGCGUUUGGCGUGGCUGGGGUGCUACACUCUUACACACUCAGAUCGGCCAGAUGCUUGGCCGGGCCAGUUAGAGUUGCACCUUGUACCCCACAGAACCGUCCAUAUCCCUCCUUCACGCAGAUAAAGGUGAACCUCCUUGGUAACAUUGGCACAAACUGGCGUCCACCUGAUCGGAACUGACUCGGAAGACAUCGCGCAGUAAUCCAUCCUGGAUACAAGACCUUGCCUAAUCAGCAGACAAGUGACGGCAGCAAUACGAGAUGCUACAUGUACAGAGAGUCUGCAACCCAUGUCAGUUACCCGCUCAGGUUUGUACGAGGAGGCGUGGGGUCGAGUGCCAUGGCAUCAUCAACGGAAUAUAAAUGCUGUGGCUUUCACUCCGAAAACACACCUCUUGAAUCUGUUCCAUUCGACCAUCACUUCCAAGAACCUAGGACUCUGCAGUUAUCGCUUGAAAAGCCUUGCACUUGCACUCGGAUACAAUCAUCACAAUAUUCCUAUCGAUAGCAGAAAUGACUCGAUUUAGCCUGACUGCUGCCGUUCUCAUUGGCCUAGGCCAUCGAGUUCUGGGUGCUCUGGAGCAAUGUGGACCAGCACAAUAUGACCCUACCAACUACGUAUGCUGGGAGAACCAAUUUCUCUGCCCCGUCACAGCCGGUGAAGGCCUGUCUUAUUGCAAUGGAGCCUGUUACAGCAAGUUCAUGUACACCUGCAACAAUAACAUCCUCAGUCUUCUCCCGCCCGCCGAGUCUGCCUUUAUUCUCACCGUCUCAAACCCGGCGCUCCCCCAGCUUGACGGGAAGCCCGUUACCGCCCAAGGGCUUCGUUUGUGGCUUGGAGGAGAAACCAAGAGCUACUGCCCUUCUGUCGUCGACCCCAACUGCCCACCCGGCAACGUCACAUCGAUUGUGGCGGGCGGCUUCGGCGGAGCUGGUAUGAACACAAUGGUGCCCGGCGGUCAACAGGUCUACCUGACGCCGGACUGGAAUGUCGAAUACACCCAAGCUCAUUCGGCAUACAUGCCGUCCGGCAGCACCUCGACUGGCUUUGCCGCCUACCAGGGCGGUGGGUUCAUCAACCUCAAUGGCAACGGUUGGGGUUGGGUCGCUUGUCCUCCGAGGGCUUCGGGUUCUGCUGGGCCCGAGUGGACUUUGUAUGGUAGAAACUCAACAAACGCCAAGAGCCUCAACUACUGCACUCCCAUCAACCUCAAGGUCACUCCUUACCCCGGCCAGGGGGCGGCUGCUUGGCAGUAUACUUAGAGGGCAGCUACUUGUGAGAUUAAAGAAGUAAGAACUGUCUAGGAGAGAAACUUUACAAGAAAAGAAUAUCAUGCAUGGGGAGAAACAAUGAAUUUAGUCUUAUCUCGAGGAAUAGAGAUUUUGAGGUGCAUUGAACAAGGGACAGUGGAAAUAACCCUAACCCUGCGCUUUUUGUUUACUUGUUUUGUGAUAUUAGCCCC